AUGGUUUCCAUACAAGGUGGUGACCGUACCGGACGCCCUUUUCGGCGGUUCAACAUGGAAUUGUGGUAUUUCCCCGGACUUCCUCCCGGAUUCAACAGUUCCCAACUUCCCCAGGGAACAAAACAGUGCAAUCGUGACGCUUGCAAAAACACUUUAAAGAACACCUACUUCGUCGAUUUUCCCUCGCAGACAUUUGAUCCUCAGGUCUCACGCAACGCCAAGUCUCACCGUUCACGCUGCUUUUCUUCCCACUGUGCUCUGGUUGUGUUGCCGCAUCUUCAUCCUCAUCAUCAUACAAGUACGAUUCCUAGCCCAGUUCGCCUCACUUCUCUUGACCGCCUCUCGCAAUCAUUCGGCCAUUCGCACAUUUCUCGCCUUCAAAACGCUCGAAUCAGUACUGUGAUUGUCCCACCGGAAGAGGCCGCACCGAAGCCCGGAGUUUGA